ACUGCCCCAAAAGAAGAGCAGUAGGGAAGCCUUUGCAGGACAUGGCUUUCUCUGUUCUUUUUCUCUCCAUUUUGUGGUAAGGCCUGUUUUCACAAUAAGUUGAUUCUCUUCACUAAAUUCUUGAAGCUUUUUCAUUUUUUUCUUGUUUGGGUUUUCCCCCCCUAAUUUUUCUGUACCAUUAAUGGUUGGGUUUAGAGGAAAAAGGGCUAAUUGAUUAGCUUUUGUACUACUCUUUUAACUGUUUAUCUUUGACUGCUUUCUUUUACUAGUAUCUUUCUUUUCUUUGCCUACUUAUUUUUGCUGUUUUGGGGGGCUUGAUGAUGGGAAGCUUGUACAAGAAGUGAAAGAUGGGAGCUUGGUUAUUGUGUGUUUAUUCGUGAUAUUAUUGUUAUUUUGAUGGACUUUUGACCCUAGAAAAAGAGAUCAGGAUAAAGCAAAAUAGAUGUGUGAGUUUGUAGGGAGAAAAAGAAGGUAUUUUUCUUGCUUUAUGAUUUGUCAAUGAGAGAGGAAUUGAUUGGAAAUAUACAAGUUCCAUUCUUUUUUCAUAAUGUGGGUUGAAGGGUGCUUGUCAGUGCAGUGAAUUUAGAGCUUGUUGUGGGUAGUGUAGAGGGGUUUUAAAAAUAAUCCUUCUUUUUUGGUACCUUGAGAAUCUGUGUUGCUUUAUCUCUUUUUUUUCGGAAAAAGAAGGGCGGGUUUCAAAGAUGCCCAUGUUUCAACCCUCAAAGAGGGAUGGGGUGGUUGUUGCUGCAUUUGAUGGUAGUGGUGAUGGGCAAGUUCUGGAUCUGGAUACUGCUGUUAAAGAUGGGGUUUUGGGUGGUGUUGGUGGUGGAGUCAUUGGUGCUGCCGUUGGUGAGAAAUUAGAUCUGAAGAAAAUGAUUGAAGAGCUUGAUUUACCUGAGAUUCCUUCUGUGUUUAUUUGUCCCAUCUCUCUUGAGCCAAUGCAAGACCCUGUAACUCUUUGCACUGGCCAAACAUAUGAGAGGUCCAACAUUCUCAAAUGGUUCAAUUUGGGGCACUAUACUUGCCCCACUACAAUGCAAGAACUCUGGGAUGAUUCUGUUACCCCAAAUAGAACCCUUUACCAUUUGAUUUACACUUGGUUUUCGCAGAAAUAUUUGCUUAUGAAGAAGAGAUCCGAGGAUGUACAAGGAAGGGUAAGUGAGCUUCUUCAGACCUUGAAGAAGGCUAAAGGUCAGGCCAGGAUUCAAGCCUUGAAGGAGCUUAAGCAAGUUGUGGCUGCACGUGCAACAGCAAUGAAGACAGUGGUUGAUGAAGGUGGAGUUUCUCUAAUUUCAUCCUUGUUAGGUCCAUUUACUUCCCAUGCUGUUGGUUCAGAGGCGAUUGCCGUUCUUGUCAAUUUGGAGCUUGAUUCAGAGUCCAAAACCAAUUUGAUGCAGCCAACAAAGAUUUCGUUGAUGGUAGACAUGCUGAAUGAAGGGUCAGUGGAGACAAAGAUCAAUUGUACGCGAUUGAUAGAGAAGUUAAUGGAGGAGAAGGAAUUUCGGGCUGAGAGCAUCUCCAGCCAUCGGCUAUUGGUUGGUCUAAUGCGCUUAGUGAAGGAUAAGAGGCACACGAAUGGAAUCUUGCCUGGUCUUAGCUUGCUCAGAUCUAUAUGCUUACAUAAACAAGUCAUGGGUUUGAUUGUGAGUAUUGGCGCCGUUUCUCAAUUGGUCGAAUUGUUACCUGCUUUGGAACCUGAUUGCCUGGAAUUAGCCCUUUUCAUAUUGGACAUUUUAUCAUCACUGCCAGAAGGCAAAGCAGCAUUGAAGGAUUGUGGAAACACAAUUCCAAAUAUGGUGAGGCUGUUGAUGAGAAUUUCAGAAAGCUGUACUCAAUAUGCAUUGUCAAUACUGUGGUCCGUAUGUAAACUUGCCCCUGAGGAAUGCUCCUCAGUUGCUGUAGAAGCCGGUUUAGCAGCAAAGCUGCUUCUCGUGAUUCAGAGCGGUUGCAAUCCUGUGUUGAAGCAAAAAUCUUCGGAGCUCUUGAAGUUAUGUAGCCUAAAUUAUACAGACACCAUCUUUAUUUCAAAGUGCAAGCUCACAAGGACAAUCCUAUGACAAGUUAAAGGGCCUGCCAUGAUUGGUUCUUGAAAUCUUCCAAGAAUGAACGAUCAUAUCUUAUGAGAUAGGGGGUUUGAGGUAUGAAUAAGCUCUCCUGUAUAUAUUUAAGCACUUCAAUUCCUGCAAUUUGAUUCAACUUUACUUAAAGAACACUCAUAAUGUGGAUAAGAAAAAAGAACACAUUUCAUGCUGCAAUGGAAUUAUAUGAAGUUCUCUUUUCCAAUGCCUUGAAAUAAAACCCCCCAAAAGGAUCAUGUGGAAUGGAUUAUUUUGGGUGGGGCACAUUCUUGGGAUGGAAUUGGGCUAUCUGUGCAAGACUUUGGAGCUUGCAAUCACAAUUGUAAUAGACGAAGAAUUGCUUUGCUCCUUGGUGUUGGGGGCCCUUAUUUCUCCCAAGUUGUUCUUAUGGUAGGGGCCUUCCUUGACCAAUUUUCCUGUCCUGGUUUUAGAGGGAGUUUGCAUUUUCAGCUCCACUGUUGUAGAGAGAUUGGAAUGCCUCUGGACAUCAAUUGUCUAUUCAAUGUGUACAAUGAAAGAUAACCUUUUCUUUUUUUUCUUGUUUUUUUUUCUUCUUAUUUAUUCUGCACUUUUCGUUUGUUGUUAGCCUCCAUGAAGAAUUAAUAAAAUUAAAAGUUUACUGGUUAACAA